AAUGAAGGGAAGGUAUGCAAAAAGCAACCAUGAUCUAGGAAAUGUGGAGGCCACAAUGGCCCAUUGGUGGCUGCGGGGAAGGUGACAGAUAACGAGUUAUACAAACAGUGGAGCUCAACAGGACGGCAGUGAAACUAGUAGGACGACUAGGGUGGGGGAGGGACGGAGAUGGAGGGAAAGCAAGGGUUACUUGAAAUUAGAGAAAUCAAUUGUUCAUACGCUUCCCAGGUGAAAUAUAAGGUGCUGUUUCUCCAAUUUGUGUUUGGCCAAAAUUGACUUUGACUUUGACAGUGGAGGAAUCAUCUGUUCCCUUUCUCACCCAGAGUGAUCAGUUGGUAUGUAGUGAAUUUGCCAGGCUACCUGUUUUUUUUGCUCCAAGAGUGUUUUAUUGUCAUGUGCCCGGAAACACCAAUAAAACUCUUACUUGCAACAGCACAACAGAUAUGUAAAAAUAUUACUCUGUAAAACCCGUAGCAGAUAACAAAAAAAAUCAGUAUUUAUCAAAAAGCAAACAGACAGACAAUAAUAAUGCAAUAGACAUUCUUAAGCGGUUUGUCAGGAUGAAGUUAAGUCGUGUUCAGAGUGGAACGAAUGACGCGGGACUGACGACAGCGCGACUAGAGGGAGGGUUGUGGGCAGCACACUGGAGACAGUCGGUGAGUGGCAAGGGAACCUUAUGUACAUAUAUAAAGAUGCCAGCAGGGGUCUCCUGGUUCCGUUAUUUAACCAUGCUGGGGACAAGCAUCCUGACAAUGUUUGCAGGAGCAGAAGUAGUGCACAGAUACUACAGACCAGACCUGAGUAUACCAGAAAUUCCACCGAAGCCAGGUGAGCUUAAAACAGAACUUCUGGGAUUGAAAGAUGAAAUCCAGACUCAUAAUUCACAAAAACACUGAAAGAAAUGAAACAGAAGACGCGUCCCAUGUAAUAUAUUUGGCAGCCAGAGUCAUUUGCAGGCAUGAUUUUCUCUAAAACACUUUCAAAGAUGAUAGUCGCACCACACCCACUUUAUACAUUGAGGUUAAAGUGGAAAAUGGUAAUUUACUGAAUGUUCAACCUCAUGUUAGCAGAACCGUAACACUUAUUUACUAUUGAUUCUGACCAGUGACUUGUGUUAAAUGGAAUAUGUUUUGUACGAUGGCAUUCUAAAAUUGAAAUUCUUGCAGUGAACAAAAAAUAUGUAAAAUCCUACUGAAAAAUAUUUAAAACGAUUCAAUCCAAACAACAGCACUCUGAAUUGAAUCUAAAUGUAAAGCUUUAUGUGGAUAUUAAAGUUAAUAAGCAGAUUUUAACUAGAAUGCAAAAGAGUAUUGAGGAAAAAUAUAUGGGAAAUGUACAAUGAUCUGCUGAAUAAGCGAGCUCGGUAUUCCGACUGCGCAUGCCCAGGUCAAAGGUCACUCUGCAUAAAUAUUGCAGUGGAGCUGUGGACACAUUUCACCCGGUUUUUUCCAGCUUUGAUUCUUCUAGGUAAGAAAAUACUGCUUUCAAACUAUGAGUUAGUUGUAUUUAUUGUUCCUUUGUUAAAAGCUAAGAUUAUAGACAAUAGGUGCAGGAGUAGGCCAUUCGGCCCUUCGAGCCAGCACCACCAUUCACUGUGAUCAUGGCUGAUCAUCCGCAAUCAGUACCCCGUUCUUGCCUUCUCCCCAUUUCCCGUGACUCUGCUAUCUUCAAGAGCCCUAGGUAGCUCUCUCUUGAAACUAUCCAGAGAACCGGCCUCCACCGCCCUCUGAGGCAGAGAAUUCCACAUACAUAACUCUGUGUGGAAAAAGUGUUUCCUCAUCUCUGUUCUAAUGGCUCACCCCUUAUUCUUAAACAGUGAUCCCUGGUUCUGGACUCCCCAACAUCCGGAACAUGUUUCCUGCCUCUAGCAUGUCCAAACCCUUAAUAAUCUUAUAUGUUUCAAUAAGAUUCCCUCUCAUCCUUCUAAACUCCAGAGUAUACAAGCUCAGCCGCUCCAUUCUCUCAGCAUUCGACAGUCCCGCCAUCCCGGGAAUUAACCUUGUAACCUACGAUAAACUCAAUAGCAAUAAUGUCCUUCCUCAAAUUAGGGGACCAAAAUUGCACACAAUACUCCAGGUGUGGUCUCACUAGGGCCCUAUACAACUGCAGAUGGUCCUCUUUGCUCCUAUAUUCAACUCCUCUUGUUAUGAAGGCCAACAUGCCAUUCGCUUUCUUCACUGCCUGCUGUACCUGCAUGCUUACUUUCAUUGACUGAUGAACAAGGACCCCCAGAUCCCCUGGUACUUUCCCUUUUCCCAACUUGACACCAUUUAGAUAAUAAUCUGCCUUCCUGUUUUUGCUACCAAAGUGGAUAACUUCAUCUUUAUCCACAUUAAACUGCAUCUGCCCACUCCCCCAACCUGUCCAAGUCACCCUGCAUUCUCAUAGCAUCCCCCUCACAGUUCACACUGCCACCCAGCUUUGCAAAUUUGCUAAUGUUACUUUGAAUCCCUUCAUCUAAAUCAUUGAUGUGUAUUGUAAAUAGCUGCUGUCCCAGCACCAAGUCUUGCGGUACCCCACUAGUCAUUGCCUGUCAUUUUGAAAGGGACCCGUUAAUCCCUACUCUUUGUUUCUUGUCUGCCAACCAAUUUUCUAUCCAUGUCAGCACUCUACCCCCAAUACCAUGUGCCCUAAUUUUGCCCACUGAUCUCCUAUGUGGGACCUUAUUUAUUUAUUUUUUUUAUGCUUUAUGCGUUGGUGAGUAAGGUCGGGGUCCGUGGUCUCCGGCGCUGUUGAGUUGCGGCUGAGCCGUCCCUGUCCCUGGAGGGUCUGGGGGCCGUCGGCUGCGCCUCUCUCCUUGUCCAAUGCUGGCGGGGGCCAGGCACUGAUCAUCAGCCUGUGGGCCGCUGUUCCGUCGGUCCAGGCUGUCAGUUGGCCCGGCAGGCAGAGUUGAGCUGGGGUUGGGGCUUCUUCUCCGCGAUGGCCACCGUUGCUCCAGGGUCGCCUCGGACGUCUCAGGCAGCCCCCCGGGUGUGUUUGGGACACUCAGGGGGGUGAGACAGAGGUGGUCCAGUGGCAGUUCGGCAGCACUUGUGGUGCCGGGGACCCGGGUUCGAUCCUGGUUGCGCGUACCCACGCAUCUGGCCCCUCUAUCUAGCUGUUACACCCCGCUCUCCCGCUACCUGUCAUCCCCGUUCCUCAGAUUAAAUAUAUUUUUACACAUAAAUUAUGAAUAAAGAUAAGAAUUUAUACAGUUUGUACAUUCAGCGCUUUGUUCGCUUUUUCUUUAUGGUGAAUGACCUUUGACAAAUCCCAUGAUUUCUUGCGUUUUCAGAAUACCGAACUUGCUUAUUAAAUGAAGCCAAAUCUGAAUGCCUUUAAUGGUACUUUAUUGUCAUGCACCUAGGUACAGUGAAAUUCCUGUUUUGUAUACAGUUCAGUAAAAAAUCUUACAUGGAUUAUACCGAGACAGUACACAAGUCACCAUGUUUCUGGUGCCAUUUUAUGUGAUUCAAGUCCAACGAUAUUUAUUAAUUGUUCAUCACAAGGUUUCUAAAAUGUACAUUACAAAUAAAUAUAAUUGAACUAGU